AUGCCACAAUAUGACGAGAACCUCAACGUCGUCACGAACGAUCGAGACCAUCCUCAUCGGCAUUGGCUAGAGGCAGCGCAUCGUCAAGGCGAUGAGGAGAGUCGUCCGCCAGGCGAAGCCGCCAAGCAGCUGUUAUAUGACGGGAAUCAGGAUAAUCUAAACGGCGAUGGCAGCGCAGGUUUGGCCGACGAGACCUAUUGUGGCCUUCGCUUGGCCGCGUUGGUGAACAGAGAGCUCCAUACGCAGAAGGUAAAUGUCCCCGACAACCAGGCGAGGCUGACGCGCGUGCUUCUGUGA